UCAAUGAAAAGAACAUCAAAAUUCUCAACUUCAACAAAUUCAUCAGAUAAUCUUAGAAUAUUUGUUUUGUUGGGAAUUAUUACAAUUUUGCUUGUCACAAUUGCACUUGCAAGCAUUUUUUCUGCUCGUUAUGUAAAGAGAAGUAGACAAUUACAUGGGAAAUAUCAACCAGCUGCAUACGAAAUGCAAACACAACAACAACAACAAAAUCGUUAUCAACCAACAGAUUUUGUAAAUACACAAAUAUAUAGACAACCCCCUAUUAACAACAAUUUUAGUUCCCCUCCAUCUAAUUCUCCUUCAAUACAACAACAAAUAACUGCUACUUUUGGAAAAGAAGAAAGGCUUAUUUAA